CUAAAUAAGAGAGAGAACCAAAAAAAAAAAAAAACAGAGAAAGAAUCGAUGGAGACGAUGAAGGUUGAAACCAUCGGUAAAGAAAUCAUAAAGCCAUCUUCCCCAACUCCAAAUAAUCUCCGAACUCUCCAACUCUCAAUUUAUGAUCACAUCCUUCCUCCGGUUUACACAGUAGCCUUUCUCUUCUACACCAAAAAUGAUCUCAUCUCUCGAGAACACACUUCCCACAAACUCAAGACUUCUCUAUCCGAAACCUUGACCAAGUUCUACCCUCUUUCCGGUAGAAUCAAUGGAGUAACCAUAGAUUGUAACGAUGAAGGAGCUAUCUUUGUCGAUGCUCGUGUCAAUAACUGCAUGGCCAUAGGAAUCUGCAUCUCUCAUAAGAUUGCCGACGCAACCUCUAUCUCUACUUUCAUUCAGAGUUGGGCUGCUAUGGCUCGAGGAGAGGCAGGAGACGAAGUGGCGGGUCCCGAGUUUGCCGCAGCAAAUUUCUACCCACCAGCCAACGAGGCCUUUAAGUUUCCGGUGGAUGAACUUGCAGAAGCCGUAGACAGACCUACACGGGUGGAGAGCGUCACUGCGCUUCUCUGGAAAGGGUUCGUCGCUGCUGCAUCCUCAACGACUACUACUUGUGAUCUGAAAGUGUUGAUCCAACCAGUUAACUUGCGCUCCAAGAUACCUUCGCUUCUGUCACAAAGCUUGGUCGGAAAUGUCAUGUUCUCUUCUGUGGUUUUGAGUGUUGGUCAACAAGGGGAAGUGAAAAUUGAAGAGGCCAUGAGCUAUGAGACUCAUGAGCCCUACACCGUGAGUAGCUGGUGCAAGUUACCACUUUACGAGGCUAGUUUUGGAUGGGGAUCUUCAGUUUGGGUUACUGGAAAUAUUGCUCCUGCUUUUGGCAACUUAGCCAUGUUGGUCGAUUCCAAGGACAAAAAAGGAAUUGAAGCGUUUGUCACACUGCCUGAAGAGAACAUGUUGUCCUUUGAGCAGAACCCAGAAUUGCUCGCCUUUGCUUCCCUGAAUCCUAGUGUCUUGGUCUAAAUCCUGCACUGAAAUUUGUUGUUUCCUUAAUAAAGAUUUGGAUACACUGAAUCUAUAUCUUCAAAAUGUAAUGCAAGAAAUGUAACCUACCGGAAAAUCAUGUUUUAUUAAUAAAAGGAUGUUAUCCUA